AUGGGUCUCGUCACGCGCCAGCUUCAGAAGGCCAUCGCAGACGCCAUCGUGGCGUACGAGGGCUCGAGCACUCAGACGCUUCGGGAGAUGUUCCAGCGCAACAAGACGGAGGCGCAGUCCACUAAGUCGAAGGCAGAUGAGAAGGGCUCACACUAG